GAAGAGGAGGAGUACCACCACCGCCGCCAAAAUUCGAGAGGACGAGCGGAAGCGGCGGAGGCCGAGCUCCCACCACCAUCACCAGCAGCAGCGGCCGGAGAAGCGGCGGCGCGAGGGGGGCGGCGGCGGCGGCGGCGACGGCGGCGGCGACAUGGGCGUCGACUACUACAAGAUCCUGCAGGUCGACCGGAGCGCCAAGGACGACGACCUCAAGAAGGCCUACCGCAAGCUCGCCAUGAAGUGGCACCCUGAUAAGAACCCUAACAACAAGAAGGAGGCCGAGGCGAAGUUCAAGCAGAUCUCCGAAGCCUACGAGGUUCUGAGCGAUCCUCAGAAGCGCGCGAUCUAUGAUCAGUACGGUGAGGAGGGGCUCAAGGGGGUGCCCCCGCCUAGUGCCGGUGCCGGAGGGCCAGGGGGCGCCUCGUUCUUCCCCGGGGAGGGCCCCACGACGUUCCGGUUCAAUCCUCGGAGCGCGGACGACAUCUUCGGGUUCUCGGGCCAGUUCGGUGGCAUGGGGCCCGGCGGCGGCGGCGGCGGAAUGAGGGGCGGGGGAUCGAGGUUCCCUGGUGGGAUGUUCGGGGAUGACUUCUUCGGGUCGGGGUUCGGAGGGGAGGCAUCGAUGAAUCCGCAGCGUCCUCAGAAGGCCGCGCCAAUCGAGAACCGGCUCCCGUGCAGUCUCGUGGAUUUGUACAAAGGAACCGCUAAGAAGAUGAAGAUCUCAAGGGAGAUUGUCGAUACCAGUGGGAGAAGCAUGACGGUGGAAGAAAUUCUGACGAUUGACAUAAAGCCCGGCUGGAAGAAGGGAACGAAAAUUACUUUCCCUGAGAAGGGAAAUGAAGCUCCGCAUAUUAUCCCUGCAGAUAUAGUCUUCAUCAUUGAUGAGAAGCCGCAUGAUGUAUUCACAAGAGAAGGAAAUGAUCUGAUUGUGACGCAGAAAGUCUCCUUGGUUGAAGCCCUAACGGGCUAUACUGUCCAUUUGACAACACUUGACGGUCGGAAUCUCACAAUACCCAUAAAUUCCAUAAUCCAUCCUGGCUAUGAGGAGGUCGUCCCCCGCGAGGGAAUGCCGAUACCCAAGGAUCCUUCCAAAAAAGGAAACCUUCGCAUCAAGUUCAACAUCAAGUUUCCAUCGAGGUUGACUUCUGAACAGAAGGCCGGGAUAAAGCGACUCUUAGGUUCUUGAGUGAAGAAAUGUGUGCAAAGUGCUGCUGCUGGUUGGACGUCAGUUGUGAAUAUCUUCAGUUAAGCUUACAUUCGACUGCUUGGGAGAUCGUCGUCUGUAGGUAAAUGUACUGAGAAUCCCUCAACUAUAUGCCAUUUUGAAGUAGGCGUCUGAAUUUUAUUUAGUUUGAUCGACAUCCCUCAACUUCUGAUGUUAUUUUCUGUUCGAGUUCUUUAGUUAAUUAUUUUGGAAAAUUUUGUUAAGUUAAAUGACUCUCUCUUUUAUUGGCCUUUACAGUUUCAUUUGCUAAAAAUCACCGAGCUGUUAAAUUUGAUAGAUCGCUCGAAUUUAUUUAGCUUUUCACUUUACUUGACUAAAAUCACUGGAAAGGAACAAAAAAAGAGAAAGGCUAAAAGCUCAAGAGGGUUUCAACAAUAAAAAUAAAGAUGAGGUGGUUAUUCAAAAUGGCCUGUUGUUGAGGUGUUCUCCAUACAUUUAUACCUUGUUUUUUAUUUCCCUUUUAAGUUUGUUAAGUUUUUCUGAGAAACCUUAUCAAUUUGAGGUAGUAUUUAAGGUCAUUAAUUACUCCUGGAGAAAUUCUAGUAUUUCUUAACAAGCAGAGAAUGUGUUCAGUGUACCGCACUGGCUUCCUCAAACCAUAGAUUGUGGCGAUAAUUUUAUCAUCAGGACAGCUGAAGCAGAGAUGCAGUUGAGAAUUACUAUUACUUCUUUAUUUAUGCAACUUCUUGUGACAUUUAUAAUGGCUUUCUUCUAUAGCAUUUUCGCGUUUUUUCGUAAGUAAAAAUCAGUAUGUUGUGUAGUAUGAAGCUAUCAAAUUCAGUUAUAUGCUUUAUAUUGAGGCUCUGCAGGACAUGCAAAUUCAGCAUGUAGGAGAUUUCCUACAAGCUUUGGUGAAGAUUGCUGUUUUAUUUGUCA